AUGGCACACUACCACGGGGAGAGCACAAUCAGGCCAGAGCCUGAUAAAGUCCUCCAGGAUAUUGCCAACUAUGUACACAACACACCGAUCACCUCUGAGUUAGCCUUUGAGACCGCGCGUCUUUGCCUGAUCGAUACCAUCGGUUGUGGUCUGGAAGGUCUUCGUUUCAAAGAGUGCGCUAGAUUGUUGGGACCGGUUGUUGAAGGCACCAUAGUGCCGAAUGGCACAAGGGUUCCUGGGACUAAUUACCAACUUGACCCCAUUCGUGGUGCCUUCAACAUUGGGACAAUGAUCCGGUGGCUCGACUUCAACGAUUGUUUCCUCGCUGCCGAAUGGGGGCAUCCAUCGGAUAACCUCGGGGCAAUCCUUGCUGUCGCUGACCACCUUGCGCGGAAAGGUGAACGCCUCACCGUGCGAGAUAUUUUGGAAGUCAUGAUCAAAGCACACGAAAUCCAGGGUGGUCUUGCUCUCCUCAACUCAUUCAAUCGUAUUGGACUUGAUCAUGUCGUACUCGUCAAGGUUGCCAGCACUGCCGUCGUCAGCAAGCUUCUUGGCUUAAAUCGUGAUCAGACGAUUGACGCGGUCUCACAAGCCUUCGUCGACGGACAGUCCCUCCGAACCUACCGCCAUGCGCCAAACACUGGCUCUCGUAAGUCUUGGGCAGCUGGCGAUGCAUGCUCGCGUGCCGUCAAUCUCGCCCUUCUUGUCAAAAAAGGAGAGAUGGGGCUUCCAGGCGUCUUGACCGCCAAGACAUGGGGUUUUUACGACGUCCUAUUCAAGGGCCAAGAGUUCAAGUUCCAGCAGCCCUUCGGAUCGUAUAUCAUGGAAAAUGUGCUCUUUAAGAUUUCGUAUCCCGCCGAGUUUCAUGCACAGACAGCCGUUGAAGCUGCGCUUCAAGUUCAUUCCAAGUUGAAGUCUUUGGGAAGGACCUCGGACGACAUCAAAAGCAUCAGGAUUCGGACGCAGGAGGCUGCUAUUAGGAUUAUUGAUAAGUCCGGUCCUCUGGACAACUUUGCGGACCGAGACCAUGCUAUCAGUUACAUGGUUGCCUAUCCUCUAAUUUUCGGCGAACUCACUGCCCAAUCCUACACGGACGCCGCUGCCGCCGAUCCCCGCAUCGAUGUUCUCCGCGGCAAAACGUACUGUGUGGAGGACAAAAGGUUCAGCGUUGAGUACCACGACCCCGAGAGGCGUAGCAUUGGGAAUGCUCUGCUCGUGGAGCUGAACGACGGUACAGUUUUUGAUGAAGUCGAGGUUGAGUACCCAGUUGGCCAUAAGCGAAGGCGCGAGGAGGGAAAACCAUUACUUUUGGCGAAGUUUGAUCGCCACAUUAGCCCUCACUUCGACGAAGUUCGGAUCAAGAAGAUCAAAGAGACGAUUUCAGAUCUCAAGACCCUUUCGACCUUACCUGUCGAUCAGUUCACGGAUCUUUUUGUCAAACCAUAA